GGGGCGGAGCGGGGGUGGAGCCACGGCUCUUUUCUCUGGAGUUCGCGCGCCCCGAGCCCUAGCCGUCUGCCGCUGCCCCAGCCGACUCCGCAUCGAUUGUCGCGAUGGAGGCCGCAACUGAGUUCGUGGUCGAGAGCCCCGACGUGAUCUACAGCCCCGAGACCAUCGAGGCGCAGUACGAGUACCGGACGACGAGCGUCAGCCGCGAGGGCGGCAUCCUCAAGGUGCGCCCCACGUCCACGCGCUUCACUUUCCGGACCGCCCGGCAGGUGCCCCGGCUCGGGGUCAUGCUCGUCGGCUGGGGCGGCAACAACGGCUCCACGCUGACCGCUGCCGUGCUGGCCAACAGACUGCGCUUAUCUUGGCCCACGCGCACCGGCCUCAAGGAGGCCAACUACUACGGCUCGCUGACGCAGGCCGGCACUGUUAGCCUGGGCCUGGACGCCGAGGGCAAGGAAGUGUUCGUGCCCUUCAGUUCACUGCUGCCCAUGGUGGCGCCCGACGACCUCGUGUUCGACGGCUGGGACAUAUCUUCGCUGAACCUGGCGGAGGCAAUGCGGCGCGCACAGGUACUGGAUUGGGGACUGCAGGAGCAACUCUGGCCGCACAUGGAGGCCAUGCGCCCGCGGCCCUCUGUCUACAUCCCGGAGUUCAUCGCAGCUAACCAGAGCGCGCGCGCCGACAACGUCAUCCCGGGCACGCGCGCGCAGCAGCUGGAGCAGAUCCGUAGGGACAUCCGCGACUUCCGGUCUAGCGCCGGCCUGGACAAAGUCAUCGUGCUGUGGACAGCGAACACAGAGCGCUUCUGCGAAGUGAUUCCGGGCCUCAAUGACACCGCUGAGAACCUGCUGCGCACCAUCCAGCUGGGCCUGGAAGUGUCGCCCUCCACACUCUUUGCCGUGGCCAGCAUCUUGGAGGGCUGUGCCUUCCUCAAUGGGUCCCCACAGAACACGCUGGUACCCGGUGCCCUCGAGCUCGCGUGGCAGCGCCGCGUUUUUGUGGGUGGAGACGACUUCAAGUCAGGCCAGACCAAGGUUAAGUCUGUGCUCGUGGACUUUCUUAUCGGCUCUGGCCUCAAGACCAUGUCCAUCGUGAGCUACAACCACCUGGGCAACAACGACGGGCAGAACUUGUCCGCGCCACCACAGUUCCGCUCCAAGGAGGUGUCCAAGAGCAGCGUGGUGGACGACAUGGUGCACAGCAACCCGGUGCUCUACUCGCCGGGCGAGCAGCCCGACCACUGCGUGGUCAUCAAAUACGUGCCAUACGUGGGCGACAGCAAGCGUGCCCUGGAUGAGUACACAUCGGAGCUGAUGCUGGGUGGUACCAACACGUUGGUGCUGCACAACACGUGCGAGGACUCGCUCCUGGCCGCGCCCAUCAUGCUGGACCUGGCCCUGCUGACUGAACUGUGUCAGCGAGUGAGCUUCUGCACCGACAUCGACCCUGACCCGCAGAGCUUCCAUCCGGUGCUGUCGCUGCUCGGCUUCCUCUUCAAGGCGCCACUUGCACCGCCCGGCAGCCCCGUGGUCAAUGCGCUCUUCCGCCAGCGCAGCUGCAUCGAGAAUAUCCUCAGGGCCUGCGUGGGGCUCCCGCCGCAGAACCACAUGCUUCUGGAGCACAAGAUGGAACGCCCUGGCCUCAAGAGAGUUGGGCCCUUGGCCACCGCCUCCCCGGUGCUUUGCAAGAAAGGAUCUGUGCCGACAGCACCCAAUGGCUGUACUGGUGAUGCCAAUGGGCACUCACAGGCUGAGGCACCCCAGAUGCCCACCACCUAAGGCCCUGGCCUUAGGAGUUAUGACUCCCCUGUAACUCCUGCCCCCAUUGCUCCCCAGGACCCGACCCUUCUAGGCCCCCUGAAGACAAUAAAGCCAGUGCCACUAUGA